UCCCGCGUUUUCUUGCACUCGCAAUUCGCAAUCAACACUCAACCCUAAAAACCCAAAUCGUGUAGAUAGUAGGUGGGAGAGUAAAAGACCAUGUCGCUAGAUAAGCACAUGGAGAAGGUGCUUUACAGCGCCGAAGUAAUCGCUGAGCGGGUGGCUCAGCUCGGAUCCGAGAUUACCUCCGAGUUCUCCGGCGACUCAGAUCCUCCUGUUUUCGUCGGAGUAGCCACCGGUGCUUGCCUCUUCUUGGCCGAUCUCGUCAGGCGAAUCGACCUUCCCAUCUCCAUCGAUUUCAUCAGAGCCGAUUCGUAUGGCUCUGGUACAGUCUCCAAUGGAUCUCCCAGAAUUUCAUUUGACUUGAAGCUCGACAUCACGGACAAGCACGUCAUCUUGGUCGAGGAUAUUGUGGAUACUGGUAAUACAGUCAGCUGCCUGAUAGAGCACAUGACACUGAAGAAAGCAUCAUCUGUUUCGGUCUGUACUUUUCUCGACAAGCCAUCGAGAAGAAAGGUUUAUUUCAAACUGGUUGGAGACGGGAAGUUCUACAGUGGUUUUGAAUGUCCAGAUGAGUUUGUUGUGGGCUAUGGCAUGGACUUUGCAGAGCAGUACCGCAACCUACCUUACAUUGGCGUACUGAAGCCUGAAUAUUACAUGUGAUCAAAUAUUAUAUUAACUGAAUUCAUAUCUUUAAAAGAAUUUAUUGGGCAGUCAUGAGAAGUUUUGUGACCUGGCCCCUUUAUAUUGUUGUUCAAAGCAGUGAAAUACAAAGUUAUACUACACUUUGACAAUGAUUCUUAUGCAAUAAGGUUUGAUAUGUUCAUUCA